GAGAAGAGCACGCACCUGGUAACCUUGACUACUGCACCAGGAGCGCGCUGGAGAUGGAGAAAAUGUGCGCGUUCACAAAGUCUGUAAUUGCGUUCACCUGUUGCAGAGAAGCUGUGGGAGGACUGUUCCAUGUACAUCCGUGGAGAGAGAGAGAGAGAGAGAGAGAGAGAGAGAGAGAGAGAGAGCUGGAUCACCAGAAAUCUUUAGCAUACCAGCAGGAGUUGGAGGAGUCGGUUCUGGUUCUGUGCAGACGUGAAGAUAGAGAGAGAGAGAGAGAGAGAAAGAGCAGGAUGAGAUUUUAAGAGUGGAGAAUCAGUUAUCAAGGUCCUGAAUGGAGAACAAGGCCAUGUACCUGAGUACAUAUGAGGAGCGAGACAAUUCCUCGAUUUACGAGGAGGGCUACGACGGCCGGAACCUGUCCAAACUCAACCUCUGUGAAGAAGCGAGUUCUGGAAAGCGCCGGAGGAAAACGGACAGCUGCUGCGGCCACUUGGACUCCCUGUCCUCCAUCAAAUACGCCAUCGUUUCCCUCUACAUCCUGGUCCUGCUAAGUAUACUGGGCCUCUGCAUCGCAGUCUCCAGGUCCCAGGCAUCCUCAGUGAAGCAGGAGGCUCUGCUGGAGAAUGUGACACGUUUAGGGGAUCGCUCCGAAGCCCUGCAGGAAUCUCUCGGCCAGCUGCCUUCGCAAAGCGACCUUCUGGAGAACAUCUGGAAGCUGGAGCGCCUCUUUCACAACCAUAGUGAAGAGCUGAGGCAGCUAGGACACCUGGUGCAAGGUUUGGAGCGGGACAUCCAGGACCUGCAGGCAUUCAGCGAACAUUCCACGGGCUCUAUGGCCCAGAUUCAGGAGCAGGUGGGAAGUAGCCAGAGGAAUAGCAGCGCACUGGGAGCAGCUCUGGCCCGAGCCGCGGUCACCAUCCAUAGUCAGGAUGCUGCUCUGCGUGAGACGGCAGGUCGAAUGGAUGUCCUGCACCAGAAACUGGACGAGGUGGACUGGACCAUGGGCUCCAUCAACCACUCGCUCAGCAGCCACAUCAGCACCCAGCAGUUGCAAAUGGAGCUGCUUCAGGUGCAGCUGGGCAACGCGACCCAGGACGCCCGGCGUGCCAGGAUCACCCAGAUCCACCUGGAGGAGCAGAUGAGGAAUGAGCUAGAGAUCCUCAAUGUCAUCACAGAGGACCUGAGGCUCAAAGACUGGGAGCAUUCAAUGGCCCUGAAGAACAUCACAGUCAUCGAAGGCCCUCCAGGACCUAAAGGUGAGAAAGGAGACCAAGGACCUCUAGGAGCUGCUGGAAUCCCUGGCCUGACAGGCUUUAGAGGAGUACCAGGAGAAAAAGGCAUCCAGGGUCCACAAGGGCUUACCGGAACCAAUGGUGUUGAUGGCCAAAAUGGGGAGAAAGGAGAGACUGGACCAAUGGGACCCAAAGGGCAGAGAGGAGAACGGGGACUCAAAGGAGACAAGGGUGACCGAGGGGAUCAAGGAGCCAAGACAGAGAACAAUGUGCUGGUGCGUUUGGUGAACGGCUCGGCGGCACAUGAGGGCCGGGUCGAGGUGUACCACGAGGGUCGCUGGGGCACGGUGUGUGACGACGUGUGGGACAAGAAGGACGGGGACGUGGUGUGCAGGAUGCUGGGAUUCCGCGGAGCACGCGAGGUCCACAAAACCGGGCGAUUCGGACAAGGUACCGGUCUGAUCUGGAUGGACGAUGUGGCAUGUAUCGGGACCGAAGACACUGUCCACGAGUGCAAGUUCUCCGGCUGGGGCAAAACCAACUGCGGGCAUGUUGAGGACGCCGGUGUGACAUGCAACCCUUAAACCCUGCCCCCUUUUCAGCUGAAUGGACUGCUUCAUGUUCAGGACUGCAGCGCAGCGGCUGAUUGGCUGAGAGAGUUAUGCAAGGACCUGGUGUUCCCUACCUUAAUCAGAAAACGUGAAAGACAAGACUAUUCCGAAGGGGAUGGGUCCAGUUUUGACAGGGCCAAUGAGGACUUCCCCUCAGGACAAAAAAAGAAGGGACUGCGUUUACAUCCUGAUUUUAUAUAGCACACUUUAUAGUAUGACCUCAACUUUUGAGCGAAGCACAUCCAAAUCCACUCCUAGGAACAGGAAAUGUGUACAAACAGGAAGUUCCUGUCAACAAGAAGUGCCUGUCAACAUGACGUCCAUACAAACUGCUGACGUUUUAACCAUUCGAAUAUCUGUCCCGUAUACCAGAUAGGGAAGAAAUCCGUGCCAUUUUACCUGAAGUGCCUUUGAGAUCUCAAAUCAUCAGCAUCGACUGAAGUUUCUCUGCUAUGUACAGAGUCUCAAGCAGGAUGAAAAAUUCCUGGAAAUCUGCUUUCCUGUGCACUUUCGUUCCAAAUCUCCUCUUAGCUGAGAUGCUAAUACAGAGCUUGAUUAGCAAAGCUAGGAUUGAAAUGGGGCGCAUCUCCAAAAUCCAGGGUGGGGAUUAAUGGAUACUUUCCAUCAUGCAUGUUUCCCAGCUCAAAAAACGAGAAAAAUUCUUUCCCUCCUUUUUCUGACAUAAAAGAGACGGAUCUUGAUACAGAUCUCGUAGCACCAUGAGCAAUUCCAGAGCUUCUGAACCAGCAGGAUUAAUAAAUUUACUGAAAAAGUUUAAAGAGUAUUCACCACAUAUAUAGUGAUUAAGAUUUAGGCCACGCCCCCUGUCAGAGAUUUUGAAAAAGAAAAAAUUGGGUUUGAAAGGGUGUAUUUACUAAAUCUAUAACGUUUUAGGCCACGCCCCCGUCAGAGAUUUUGGGGGGGGGAAAUGGGGUUUGAAAGGGUGUAUUUACUAAAUCUAUAAUGCUUUAGGCCACACCCCCUGUCUGAUAUAAAAAUAAAGUGUAGGACUUGAAUAGGUGUAUUUGCUAAAUCUAUUACACGUUAGGCCACGCCCCCUAUCUGAGAUUUUUAUUUAAAUUUUAGAAUAUAGGUUUUGAAUAGUAAAAGAUUGGUGUAUUUGCCAAAUCUAUAACACUUUAAGCCACGCCCCCUGUCUGAGAUACUUUUUUGGGGGGGUUAGGUUUGAGUGUAGGGUUUGUAUUUGUGUCUUCUUAAAUGCUUAAGACCACGCCCCCUGUCUGAGAUUUUAAAAAGUGUAGGGUUUGUAUAAGUGUAUUUGCUAAAUCGUUAAUGCUCUAGGCCACGCCCCCUAUCAGAUUUUGGGGGGUGGGAAGUGUAGGGUUUGUAUAGGUGUAUUUGCUAAAUCUACAAAGCUUUAGGCCACGCCCCCUGUCUGACCGAGUUGUAAUUUUCAGACACUUCUGUGUUUAAUUGAUCAUUUCGUUUGAGCAUAAAAGCUAUAUUUAGCUACUACUGCUUCCUGUACAGGCCAAGCCCCGCCCACAUGCGACAUUACACUAUGGAAAUCGUAAGGGACUCGUCGUUAAAGUGAACAUGGAAUUACGAUCGCUCGGGUUUAUCGACUGCAUACUUCAAGCGUAAGGAAUUAGUUUGUAUUUGAACACACACACUAUAGGGACAAAAGUAUUGGGACACCUGACUUUUCCAGCCACAUGCGCUUCUUUUCAGGAACAAAAUUGUACUUGUGUAGAUGUGUAGAAAUUUUUCCCUUCUUGAACUAGGAGAUCCAAACCUGUUUCAGCAGUACACAAAGAUCCGCUUUCCAUGGGUCAGGAGAUCUACUGAUCUAGAACUCGUAUGGAAUAUCUUUCAGGAUGAAUUUCAAACAUACCCCAAGACCUCGACACCUCGUAGCUGAUAAAUCUCCACCUUGAUCUAGUGGAACAUGCCAGAAGAUUGGUGCUUAUUAUUAUAACAGCAGGUGGGGAACUUCAUGAGGAACUUGAUGUUGAAAUUUUAGGAGCAGGUGUCCACAAACUUUUGAUCCAUAGUAUGUGUGUGAGAGCAAGAGAAGUUUCAACACUCACGUUCUCCCUAAGUGCCUCUUUCCAUCAAACACACACACACACACCUUUGAGACAAACCAUCCUCUUACACACUUAGAACGUCUCGAAAUGAUUGAUACUAAAAGUAUUUUUAACGCGUUUUUGUUUUGUAUUAUAAAAUCUUGAACUGUUUGUGUAAAAAAAAAAAAAAAAGUCUUCUGAUAACUUUG